AUGUCUCUUGUGGACGCUACCCUUCCUGGUGGCGUAGCAGCUCAAUCUGCAAGUCACGACCAAGCUCUCAGAUCUUUCCUCGCCAACGAAUAUCCGAGGGAGGUGUGGUACUUCCUUGCUUCUUUGAUUCUUCUCGUGGCUCUGUGCAACAUAUUGUCGCACAAUUUAUCUAGGUGGAUCCCGACUGCUGUGUCGAAAGACCCGGAGGAUAUCCGCACGUCGCGCAAGGGUCCCAUCACGCUCCGAAGGUUCCCACUCGCGAUUCUGAGCGCAUUCCGCAUCGUGGCCUUUCGCUGCAUCGUUCCCAUUGGACAAACCUUUUCGCUUAAUGCUGCAGAAUUGUUCCUUACGGCACUCUAUGUUGCAAUCCUGUUUGCAUGGACUCUGACCAACUCGACGACGACGACUGGUAGUAGAUAUGAUCCGACGUACUAUUCCAAUCGAGCAGCCAGUAUCGCAGCAGUUCAAACGCCGCUCAUCGUGGCCCUAGGCAUGAAAAAUAACAUCAUCUCUUCUCUCACUGGCAUCAGUUUCGAGAAGCUGAACUAUCUUCACAGAAUGUGCGCUCGCGCUAUUGUGCCUCUAAUUUGGCUCCAUGCCGGCGGGAGGGCCACGUCGUUUGAUCAUCUCGUGCUCAGACUUGUCGCCGGUACGGCUUUAGACAAUGAUUAUAUGAGAUGUGGUGUACUUGCUGCCACUUCCUUGACGCUCUUAUGCAUCGUGACAUUGAGACCUGUUCGCCGUUUGGAGUAUGAAGCCUUCUUCAUCACUCACUUGAUCCUUGUUAUGAUCGUUUUGCUUGCUGCCUUUUUCCAUGCGCGGCAAUUCCAGCGUGAUCAUUAUAUUUGGCCAUCAUUCGUUCUCUGGGGAUUCGACAGACUACUCCGCUUUGCGCGCAUCGUCAUUUUCAAUCAAUCCUAUUUCGGAUUCAGCCCUGGUUUGGGUACAUUGGAUGCGAAAGCAGAAGUCGCUGCGCCAGAAUUUGUUCGCCUGCGACUCAGGCGCUCCAAGCACUUCCAUUGGACCGCUGGACAGUGUGCCUUCCUGACCAUGCCCAGCAUCUCCCUUCUGCCCUUCGAAGCGCAUCCUUUUACCAUAGCGAAUGCGGACAUGAGUCGUGAAACUCCGCUGAAAAGCCAGGAGGAAAAUGAGGCAGCAGUUGUUCGCGUUGAACAGGGAUACGAUCUCAUAUUUCUCAUAAAUGCUCGGCAGGGAUUCACAAGGCGGUUGAUGGCUAUAGCGGAGAAGGGUGGCUCCAUGAAAGUGUUUGUAGAUGGUCCCUACGGCACCCCGCCAUGUCCGAGAGGUUUCGACACCGUCGUAUUCAUUGCUGGUGGCUCUGGCAUCACUUUCACUCUCCCAUUAUUCACUGACCUUGCUCGACGCGCCCGCCAUGAUCCCUUGACAUGUCGUAAAGUUGUAUUUGCUUGGUCCAUUCGUGUUGUCAGUCACGUCAAUCUCGUUUAUGACGAACUUUUGGAGAUUCUCGCUAACAUGCCAGAGCAACUGGAGGUGGAAAUAUGCAUCCAUAUCUCGAAGGCACGGAUUGGGUCGUAUCAGGGAUCAUCCGUCGACUCCGAAGUACACCAAGAAGAAGAAAAGCUGAUGUCCAAACUCAGUCGUCUGCGCAGUACGACUGUCGGCACUGGUCGAGCGAACGUCAAGGGGAUCAUUGACGACGCUUGUGCUCUAGCUCGAGGAAGUGUGUCCGUCAACGGUACGUUCCAUGACCUGCCAGGGUGUUUCUUGUCUUCAUUCCAGAACCAUCAUUCUUCGAAUCCAGUCUGUGGUCCUGCUGACAUGGGGAAACGUGUCCGAGCAGCCCUGCGCUCUCCGGUCAAGGGGCCCCUUGACGUUCUCAAGGGAGGUCCCAGCAUCGAUCUCCACAUCGAACAAUUCGGGAUUGCUGUGAGUUGUCACGCCGCCAUCGCUGACACGCGAAGGUUCGUUCGUUGA